UUCUGUUUUUUGGUAAUGCUUCUAUGUCUUGUGUGUAUUUCAGGAACCAUAGAGCAAACAUCUCAAGAAACAGCACUCUGAAAACGUUCAGCUGCACCACCUCUGGCACCAGCUGCACAGCACAGCUUCACGGCUCAUCUGUUAGAUUUACAUUUUGCACAACCAUCACAGCUCAUGGUCACAGCAGCAACAUUUCGUCACUAACUCGCUGUCAGUCGGGUAGAAUUGAAGUGAUGUUGCCUCCUGUGAGUUUGAACAGUGUCAAGCCAGUCAAAGGGAGACCUAAGUGUCUGAAUGUAACCUGGAGCAGCACCUUGUCUGAAUUUCCAGUAUCUCACCCUGAAGUCAAAGCUGGAAACCUGACAUCCCAAAUACAGUUUGCAGAACAGGGACAGUUCGAUGUUCAGGACCAAAAUGAGACAGUGAGGGACUACAGCUUCCUGGUUUGUCUCCCCAGACCUGACACCUCAUACAGCAUCAGACUUCGUCACCGAUACCUGGGCGCAAAGAGUCCCUGGAGCCCAUGGAGCAAUGCAGCCUGGGGGAGGACAGGAGAGGAUGCUCCGUCUGCAGCACCAGCAUUCUGGAGGCAAGUGAAGCAAACACAGAAGAACGGUUGGAGACAUAUUUCACUGCUGUGGAAGCCACUGCCUGGCUUUCUGGCCAAUGGCAGAGUUCUCUUCUACAAUGUAACCUGUCACACAGAAAGCCCUCAUGUUCUAUACGAUCAUGGGAACUGCAGAGAUUUGAACUCCACAAGUACUUGCUGUAGCCUGCUCCUUCCUGCUGGACGGUCAUCAUGCGCUCUGACAGCCUCCACCUCUGCAGGGAACUCGUCAGAAGCCCGAAUAUGGCUCCCUGGAGCUUCUGAAAGAGAGCCACCAAGCCCGAGCAAUCUUACUGCUUGUUCACUGGACGACAGCAGGUUGGAUGUUCGUUGGAUGGCUCCAGUCGGUUGGCCCGUGAGUGGCUAUGUAGUGGAGUGGUUCGCUGUGAGAGAGAAAAACAGCAGCAGCCUACAGUGGGAAAUGCUGAACAGUUCUUGUACCGCAUUAGUCAUCACAGAGGGGGUCAAGGCGUUGGAGCGUUAUGCUGUUUCUGUCAGAGUGCUGUAUGGUGACCGAGGUCCAGGACAGAACAGAACGGUCUUUGUUUAUACACGCCAAGGAGCGCCCUCAGCUGGUCCUACUGUGAAGGUGAAGCAGAUCUCAGGCAGCACUGUGGAGCUCACCUGGAGUUCUGUACCUGUGGAGCUGCUGCAUGGGUUCAUCCUCAACUACACACUUUACUACACGACAGCAAACCAACCAAACAGAAGUGUGUGUUUACCUGGUCACGCUCAAAGUUACUCUUUGAGGAAUUUGUCGCCUGGUAAUUACCACAUCUUCAUAAUGGCCAACACUGACGCUGGUUCUGGAGCAGCUGGACCCAUUGCUAAUGUGCACAUAGGCUCUGAGGAAGUCUCCAUAGCGAUUAGGGCCGUCCUACCUCUCAUACUGACUUUACUGAUGCUGUUGCUGUUGGUCUUUCUGGCACAGACUAAGAUGGUGAAACAGAAGCUGUUCCAAGACGUCCCAAAUCCUUCUCACAGCAGCUUGGCUCACUGGACCCCACAAACUGCUUUGGAGAGUACGAGGCAGUGGGCAAUCGCAGAUGCGCCUGAAAUCCAAUACUGUGAAGUUUUUUUGCUUGCUGAAAGAGACCUCCAGAACGCCAGCCUAGAUAUGGACUUUGCCUGUAAAAGUUUGUGUAAUCUCAAAACAUAUCCCUCUCACUGCUACUCCCAGCUCCCACUGUCAGAGGCUCAGAGCUACAACAGAAAAUCAGAGAAGAAGUGCAUCAAUAGCUUAAGCGGAGUUGAUCUGUCCCUCUGUCCUCCAUCUACUCUGACGUCAUCUUCUCUCAGUACCUCAAAAGUCUCCCCAAACCCUUUCUAUCACCCUCCCAUCUUCAGUAUAAUGAAUGGCACCACAGCAGCGUCAGCAUCAGUGACAUUAAGCUACAGCUAGGGGGAGAGUGUGAUCUGAAUGUGUGUCUGCAGAGCAGAAGUGACACAGAAUCUGAUUCACUGCUUUCCCAAACUGAUGAACUGAAAAUGUUCUGUCAUCUUCAGAGACAGAAUCAAAGCUCCGACUGCAGCAGCAUCUCUCUUUCCUCUGUUUUGCCUUUUCGCCCAGCUGAGGUCAAGUCACCUCGAAAACCUUACUCUAAAAGCCUCUAUAACUCUUUCCCCUCACUCCAGCCGGAUUCCUUCAUCCACCCUGAUGCUCUUUGUGACACUGUUUCAUUUUUGCCAUUUCCUCCGUCAGUUUUUGUGGAUUUCUCCUCCUGCCCUAUAGAGUAUGGCACUUACAUUUCUCCUGCCUAUUUAGUUUCACACCCAAAUAAAAAGUGAAUUUUAUGAUUA